UAAANGAAGAUCAUGAACAGGAGCAGGAAGCGCAGGAUGAACCGGACAAUAAAUAUAAAGAAUUUCAACAAGAACUCGAAAGUCUUUUAUCAAUUCUGCCAGAAACCCCACGAUCAAAAAGACAAAAUGGUGGAACUGGAAUUUUCAGUUUACCUCUAUUUGAUCUGCUCAGCCCCCCAACAAACAGAAACAGAAGAAAACCAGAGGAACAAGGAUUAAGAAAACCCAGAAGAUUUCCAUCUUCAAGCUCGUCUGUCCCGUCAAUCAAUUCUCCAGUCUCAACAUUUCCGGAUUUCAAACCAGAUUUUGAUUCAGCUGAUUGUUCAUCAAGUGGAAUGAACUGGAAUAAUUUUCAUUCAUAUGAAGUUCUUGACAGAUGGAUGGAAUGCUUAGCUGUGAAAUUUGGAUCAAAAGUUGAAUUGAUCAAAAUUGGACAGUCCAGCGAAGGUCGAGUUUUAAAGGUUGCUCAUGUAAAACUAGGGGGGAACAGCACCCAGUCUGUAUUCGUAGACGGUGGAAUGCAUGCCAGAGAAUGGGCUAGCCCAGCCUCAGUAAGCUUUAUCCUGCACAAACUAGUAGAAACUUCAGAACUGGAUCAUCUCCUCAACAAAUACGACAUUUUCAUCCUUCCACUUGCAAACCCAGAUGGGUAUAUGUACAGCAGAGAUCAUGACCGUAUGUGGAGAAAAACUCGGUCCCGAACCGGUCAAUCCAGUUUGUUCGGUCAAGAGUGUUUUGGAGUUGACCCAAACCGGAACUUUGGAUAUAGAUGGGGAGGUCACGGGGCCAGUGAUAAUGCAUGCAAGGUCAGCUAAAUAUUACGUUAAAGGGAGUGUUCGU